CGGCCGGGGGCGGUUCCGCUGCUCCGAGCGGGCUGGGCGCGGCUGAGAGGGUUUGGGCGCAUCUCCGCUGCGCGCUCCAGAGCGGUCCAGUUGUGUCUCGUCCUGCCUUGCGCCGCGUCCACGCUCGAAGCCGCACCCCCCUGCCAGCACCAAGCCGUCGCCAUGGCCCAGGGUCUCAGAGGCACUGUUACAGACUUCCCGGGAUUUGAUGAGCGUGCUGAUGCUGAAACUCUUCGGAAGGCCAUGAAAGGCUUAGGUACUGAUGAGGAGAGCAUCCUGACUCUGCUGACAUCCCGAAGCAAUGCCCAGCGCCAGGAAAUUGCAGUGGCAUUUAAAACUCUGUUUGGCCGGGACCUUCUAGAUGACCUGAAAUCAGAAUUAACUGGAAAAUUUGAAAAAUUGAUUGUGGCUCUGAUGAAACCAUCUCAGCUGUAUGAUGCCUAUGAGCUGAAGCAUGCUCUAAAGGGAGCUGGGACAGAUGAGAAAGUCCUGACGGAAAUCAUUGCCUCGAGGACCCCUGCAGAACUGACAGCCAUAAAGCAAGUCUAUGAAGAAGAAUAUGGUUCAAGCCUGGAAGACGAUGUAGUGGGGGACACUUCAGGUUACUACCAGAGGAUGUUGGUGGUUCUCCUUCAGGCCAAUAGAGACCCUGAUACUGGAAUUGAUGAAGCUCUGGUUGAACAAGAUGCUCAGGCUCUGUUUCAGGCCGGAGAGCUGAAAUGGGGAACCGAUGAGGAAAAGUUUAUCACAAUCUUUGGAACAAGAAGUGUUUCUCACCUGAGAAGGGUGUUUGACAAAUACAUGACCAUAUCAGGAUUUCAGAUUGAGGAAACCAUUGACCGAGAGACCUCUGGUAAUUUGGAGCAACUUCUCCUUGCUGUUGUGAAAUCGAUUCGAAGCAUACCUGCCUAUCUGGCAGAAACACUUUACUAUGCAAUGAAAGGAGCUGGAACAGAUGAUCAUACCCUCAUCAGAGUUGUGGUGUCCAGGAGUGAGAUUGAUCUGUUUAACAUAAGGAAGGAAUUUAGGAAGAAUUUUGCCACUUCUCUUUAUUCCAUGAUUAAGGGUGAUACAUCUGGGGACUAUAAGAAAGCCCUCUUGCUGCUCUGUGGAGGAGAAGAUGACUGAGCUGAGCCACCACCCGAGAGAGACCCUGCACUGUGCCUGCCACCGCCCUACCCCAGCACACUCACCGCACUGCUCCUGUAGAGUCUGCACAAUGCCUUAUUCAUACUAGCAUGUGAAUGACCGAUGUAGGAGAACAGAGAGGUGCUUCUUGCUCUGUGAUUGUUAACUGAAGUACAAUGAAAUGAAGUCUAAGCCUGGCUCAUUUAUAUAUUACUAAGUCUAAAGCCUAGAUUAUAUAUAUUUGCCUUAAGAGGUUAGACUGCUUUUAGCCUUUAAUGAAAACUUCAUUUAUAUCUAAUUAGCUGCCAUAUUGUCUUAUUCGGAACCUUAACUUUGAAAUUGUGAACUGGAAGGAUUGAUCAAUUUCCUCCUACACUCAUAGAAAACUGAGUGUAAUUGUGUUCAAAAGAUGAAUGGAAAAUAAAUGUUUCCUUCCC